AUGAGGGUGCGUGCGGCAGUGAAGAAGCUGUGCGAGGCAUGCCGAGUGGUGAAGCGUCGCGGAAAGGUGUUCAUCGUCUGCAAGGAAAAUAAAAAGCACAAGCAAAGACAGGGCAUCCACACGGACGCCAUGGCUAUCGCCGAGAAGCAGCAGUCACUCCCCACGCCCAGCCGGUCGUUCGUAGACAGCGGAGCCUCUGUCGGCGUGAAGCUCUGGCAGGGUAUCUUGUAG